GCGCCGCGCCGCGCCGCAUGCACUGGUGCCGCCAGUCGCUCACGAGUCGCGGUCGCGGUCGCUCCCACAGCGAUAAGCUAUUCGUAGCGCGUGCGACUACUGCCCGGCGCCGGUUCCGUUGCUCGAGGAAGAGGAAGGCCGCUUCAGCUCCACCCUUCUUCCUGCUUCUAGGUGCGCCUUCUGACAGAGGCGAUGGCGCCGGUCACCCCGACGGCGGCGGCGGGGGGCGUGCCGCUGGAGUACAGCGUGGUGGACCCGAGCCAAGGAGAACUGGACGCGCUCAUCUGCCGCUACUUCAUGCCCGGCUUCCGCAAGGGAUACGUGCGCGUGGGGCCCCACCGCGCGCUGCUGCCGCUCUACUACCUGGAGCACGCGCGCGCCUACCACGACAUGGCCGUGCGCGACCAAGACGUGUACGUCGUGUCGCACCCCAAAGCAGAUUUGAUCUUUGAAGAUGUGGAAGGGCAGGACGGUGAACUGUUGAAGAAACUGUUUCUCACAGAUUUUCGAUCUGGCUACACGCGUGUUCGUGGAACGCUUAUGCCGCAAACGCACAAAGAAUUCGGCAACAAAAUUCUCAACAUGGAUGUGCGAGAAGAUGACACUUUUGUCGUCAGCUUUCCUAAAACUGGAACAACAUGGACUCAAGAAAUGGCUUGGUGUAUAGCGAAUGACCUAGACUUUGAAAGGGCAAAAGUGUUCUUGCCAGAGAGAUUUCCUUUCUUAGAGCACACCACACUAUUUGAUUAUAGAGAUCUUUUUGCAAAACGGCCUGAUAUGAACUUCCCUUUGUAUGUCACUAAUUCAGUUCAGUAUGUAUCUGAACUCCCAUCUCCACGUUUUAUCAAGACUCAUCUUCCAUGGGAAUUACUACCAAAACAAAUACAAGAUGGAUCGAAACAACCGAAGAUUAUUUAUGUUGCUCGCAACUGCAAGGAUACAUGCGUCUCAUAUUACCAUCAUUCAAAAUUACUUGAAGGAUACAAGGGAUCCUUUGAUGAUUUUUGCAAACUUUUUAUGGGCAAUUCACUGACUUUUGCACCAUUUUGGUCUCAUGUCUUGAGUUUUUGGAAACGAAAGGAACAUUCCAAUAUUUUAUUCCUGAAGUAUGAAGAUAUGAAAAAGGAUUUGCCAGCUGUAAUUAGGCAGACUGCAAAUUUCUUGGGUAAAUCGAUGACCGAAGAUCAAGUGGAAAUAUUAGCUAAUCAUCUAAGUUUUCAGAAUAUGAAAAACAAUCCAGCAGUAAAUUAUGAAGCUGUUGUGGAGAUCAAUCGUACCUUUAACUUAAUUGAAGCAGAAGGCCAGUUUAUGCGUAGUGGUCAAGUAGGGGAGUGGAAAGCGACGAUGACCCCAGAGCUCAUUAAACAAUUUGAUUCCUGGACAGAAAAGAAUUUGAAGGGGACAGAUUUAACUCUUUAACCAUCCAAAUAAGUAUAUUCAUGAAAUAAAGUACAAUAUUAAUGUGUGUAUAUUACAAUGUAUUUCUAUCUUUGUUUUCAUAUAAAUAGGAUAUAGAGUUGUUUAAAUUUAUGUAAUUAUUGUAAUAUUAUAUAAUGAAAUUUAUGUAAGAAUUACCAAAUAAACAUUUUAAUAUAUUUUCUUCAUUCUAAAGUUUAUUUUAUA